AUGGUGAAAGAAAAGAAAAGAACAGACAAAAAAAGUGACAAAUCAGCACGCUCUCCCUCCUCACCUUCGGACUUCACCGAGUCUGUCAAACUAGACAGCAAUGCUGCCCCCAACACUCCAGCCUCCAACCAGGCCUUGGAAGUGCUCAAGGAACCUCUAGGAGAUGCCCAUGGGGAGAGCCAGAUCAGCCAGGACACCUUGCAUUAUGAAGAGCCCGACCUGACUGGGCUCAUUGUGGAAAGUUAUGAAGGGGAGAAGGUCCGUGGCCUGUAUGAGGGAGAAGGCUUUGCUGUUUUCCAGGAUGGUUGCACCUAUCAAGGGGAGUUUGUGAAGAACAUGCCCAUGAACCAUGGCAUGUAUACAUGGCCCAAUGGCAGCACAUACGAAGGGGAUGUGACCAGUGCCCUGAGGAAUGGGUUUGGCAUCUUCACGUGUCACACACACCCUGUGUCCUACAUCGGCCACUGGUGCUACAGCAAGAGGCAUGGAAAGGGUUCCAUCUACUUCAACCUGGAGGGCACCUCCUGGUACGAGGGAGACUGGGAGUUCAACAUCAAGACAGGCUGGGGCAUAAGAUGCUACAAAUCUGGCAAUAUCUAUGAAGGCCAGUGGGAAAACAACAGGCGCCAUGGGGAAGGCCGGAUGCGGUGGCUAACAAAGAAUGAAGAAUACAUGGGCCAGUGGGAAAUGGGGGUGCAGAAUGGCUUUGGAACACACUCAUGGUUUCUCAAGAGAACCUCCAACUCCCAGUAUCCUCUAAGAAACGAGUAUGUGGGACAGUUUGUGAAUGGGUGUCGUCACGGCCACGGGAAGUUUUACUACGCCAGCGGUGCCUUCUUUGAAGGGGAGUGGGUUUUCAAUAAGAAACAUGGGAUGGGCCGCCUGGUGUUCAAGAAUGGACGUGUAUAUGAGGGCCUGUUCUGCAAUGACAUGAUGUUAGAAUUACCAGACCUGCCGGUGAACUUAAUCCAUUCCCAAGGCCUGCCCUCAGAUUGGGAGUGUUGGUGCCCGAAGGAAUGCUCAGCCAUCACCGCAAAAAUUUUCAGAAGACUGGAUGGCACUAUUGACUCGGUGUUAGGCUCCAGCAUUGAACUCGAUCUCAGUGCACUGCUGAGUAGGUACCCCGCAGAAGACCAACCACAGGAGAAGAAGCAGGUUGAGUUCGCUGUACUGAGAAACAUUACAGAGCUCAGGAGGAUCUACUGCUUCUACAGCAGCCUCGGUUGUGACCACUCCUUAGACAACACUUUCCUCAUGACAAGACUUCACUUCUGGAGAUUUCUGAAAGAUUGCAAGAUCCACCACCAUACAAUCACCCUCACUGACAUGGACCGAAUCCUUUGGGCAAAUAGCACUAAGGAGGCCAUAUCUAUGGAAGCCAUUCAUUCUCCGUUCACCACCAUCAUGCUUCGAAUAUUUAUAAAUUACCUCCUGCAGCUGGCUUACCACAUCUACCACAAGGAGUACCAGAACGAAAGCCCCUCACUUUUCCUGUGUUUCACCAAACUGAUGGCAGAGAACAUCCACCCCAAUGCCUGCCAUGUAAAAGGCAGCUUGUUCAUAGGGCAGGAGCGCACACUCUUGUCAAUGAGCUACCUCAAUAGGACCUGGGAGAUCUACAGAGCUCACUGCAGGCCCAGUGUCUCCCCUCCGCACGAGCCCACCAUGACCAUCAGGCGCUUCCUCUGGAUGCUCAAGGACUUUAAGAUGAUAAAUAAGGAGCUAACAGCAUCCAAGUUUAUGGAGAUCAUUGCUGAGGAGAACCCCUUCAUGUGCAAUGACAGCGACAGCAACUUUGAACUGGAGAUGGUUUUCCUCGAGUUCUUCGAAGCCCUCUUAAGCUUUGCCACCUUCUCUGUCACCAGCCAAGUGGCUAAGUCCUAUGUGAGUGUCUUCAAUGAGGACCAGUCGGGAAGCAGAUUUGGGAGUGGGAGCAUCUGCACCCUCCUAAACCAGAACAAGAGCUCCAGUGCUAUCAUCAGCCAGGAGUCCGAAGUCCAGCAUGGGGGUUCCAUGUCCUUGAGCAAGUUCGACAUCAGCAAAAUCAAGAAAUCUGAGCCCAGUGUUCAACAGUUUCUCAGUGAUGAUAGAGCACCCAAGAUGAACUACAAAUCUUCAGUGAAAGGGCUGACCUUCUUCUUCUUGCAAAAAGAGAAAAGUGAGAAGCUCAAGGAGGAAACCAAGGAUGAGGACGAAGAGAAGGAAAAGCUGAACUCAUGGCUCAGUCUCAUGCACACAUUCUUCGUGGAUACGCUCUUCCCGGCUCACAGACACGAGGAGGUCAUCAUAGAGAAGGUCAAGGAGAUGAGGCUGCAGCAAGAGGUCAAGGCUGAGCAGAUACAGCAGGAGAAUGAGGAGCUGGAAGCAAGGCUGCAGAGUCUGAAGGAGGAGGCAUCCAAGAAGCAAGACUAUGACUCAGAUGCCAGCACUGUCAAGGACUCGCUGAUCGCCAUGUCCACUAGUUUCACGCAGAGCCCCCCAAAAGAGGAGCUGCUAGUGUUCCAGCCCAGCAAGGCCAGCUCUAGUAGGAAGAGGAAAAAGUAGAGGCCCAGCUCUGGGGGGGAUCCGAGACAGGCCUGGACAGGUUCCUGACCAAUAAAACAUGUUGUAUAGG